CCUCCGCGUACUCCCCUCCCGCGCCGCCGCUUUCCUCUCUCUCUUCCCCGCCGCCGCCACCACCGGCGUUUACUCAGACGGCGUUGAGGCGGGAGGUGGAGUAGGUGUCAGGUAAAGGACGGGAGCGAUGGCGGAGGCGGCGCCGAUUGGUCUGUCGUGGGCGCCCAAACUGCCUUCACUGCCGACGACCAGCGGCGGCAAGAAGGACUCGGGGAGCAGCUCUAGCAGCGCGCCAGAGUCGCUCUGGAAGCCCGGGAGCGAGCUCGUCGACGGGCUCUUCGUGCCGCCCAGGGACCCGAGGAAGGCCAACAAGCUGGCCAGGAAGAACGUGAAGGACACCUCCGGCAAGGGCUGGUUCGACAUGCCUGCUCCGACCAUCACUCCCGAGUUGAAGAAAGAUCUUGAGAUUUUGCAGCUGAGACAUGUAAUGGACCCAAAAAGGCAUUUCAAGAGGGCAGGAAAGUCCAAGGCCCUUCCGAAAUACUUCCAAGUUGGUACCGUUAUUGAACCUGCAUCUGAGUUCUUCUCAAGUAGGCUGACAAAGAAGGAGCGCAAGACAACAUUGGUUGAUGAGCUCUUAUCUGAUCAAAAUCUUAAGAACUACAGGAUGCGCAAGGUAAGGGAAAUUCAGGAGAGCCGCACGCCAGGAGGCAACCAGAAGUGGAGGAAUAAGGGCAAGAAAACACUUAAAAGAGCCAAGGAUAGGCGGAAAUGAGAUUAUUGUCACGACUUUCACUGGAUUUGCGCUGAGGAAGGGACAACUGACUACUGGAGCCAAUGGAUGAAGUAACCUUCAAGUUGCAACAGAACUAGAUUGUGAUACCAAUUCAAUGUGGGGUUCAUGCAAUAUGAUGGAUGCAUUUUUCCAGUUCUGUAUUAGCUGGUGUGCUGAACUAAUUGUCGGUUGCUGUAGCGCCCUCUUCAUUAAUGAGCCCAAGGUUUCGGUUAUGCUGUAUUUGGAUUUCAAGAUGAAUAGUACAUGCGUAUUGCUUGGUUGUUGUCACUUCACCUGAAGUCCUGAUCAUACGCAGAUAGUUGGUUUACAAAUGUACGAUUCUUUUCAUUCAUGGAGGCUAAUUGCCCCGUCGUAGUUUAUACUAAUGCCA